AUACCUUUGCCUUAAAGACAUUAAAAAUCUACAGAGAAAUGUUUCUUUCAAAUGAACCCACUCAGAUAGAAAAGAUAUUCUCAGAUUAUGUAAUCCACGUGAAACAUGCAUGCAGAAGCAUCAUUACUGCAGAUGCCAAAAGCGCCAUCAUUCUGUUUUUACUUUAACUUCUGUUUAGUGAAUUUAUUGAGUUUAAAGGUUGAUUUAUACUUCUGCUUCAAAACUACGCUGUAGUUUGUGUGCAGUACUUUCAUGCGACGGUGUAGCACCUCUCCAGGAAUGUAACAGCGCCUCAGUUCUACACAGGCAGCAAGCGCUGUGAUUGGUCUGAAGAACCCCUCCUUCUAAAAAUUCCUGGUGAAGUGACUGAGAGCCAAGUGAAUAUUAUAAAGAUGGCACUUAUUAAGGAGGAGAAUGAAGACAUGAAGAUUGAAGGAGCAUUAAGUGUGAAGCAAGAAGAUACUGACACACAAUCAGACCUGAUGAUCCCUAAAGAGGAAAGUGAAGAACUGAAUGAAACGGAAGAGAAAGACCAGACACAUAAUUUCAUGACCGAAGAACAAUCAAUACAGACUAAAAAUAUUUCCUCACAAAAAAAGACUAAGAUAACCAAAUCGAAAUGUUCUUUCAUCUGCCCACAAUGUGGAAAACGUUUCACUCAAAAAGCAAACCUUAAAGUCCACAUUAGAAGUCACACUGGAGAGAAGCCAUUCGCCUGCAAACUGUGUGGGAGGAGCUUCUCACGAAAAGAAAGUCUUAAGAUUCACAUGACAAUUCACACUGGAGAGAAGCCAUUUGUAUGUGGUCAGUGUGGAAAGCGAUUCAGAUGUAAGGAAAUCCUUAAUUCCCACAAGAGGGUCCACUCGGAAGAGACCCAUUUUAGAUGUCAUCAGUGUGGAAGGAUUUUCCGUUUCAAAAAAAACCUCAAUACUCACAUGAGAGUUCACUCUGGAGAGAAGCCUUACUCAUGCCAUCACUGCGGAAAGCGUUUUGUUCAUAAAGUAAGCCACAAGAAUCACAUGAAGAUUCACAAUGAAGAGAAGCCAUUCAUGUGUGCUCAGUGUGGAACAUGUUUCAAAUAUAAAGCAACCCUUAAUGCCCACAUGAGAGAUCACACUGGAGAAACUCCGUUCACCUGCAAACUGUGUGGGAAGAGCUUCUCACAUAAAGGAAAUCUUAAGACUCACAUGAGAAUUCACACCGGAGAGCAGCCGUUCACGUGUGAACAGUGUGGAAAGAGUUUCAGACGUAAAGAAACUCUCGAUUCCCACGUGAGAGUUCACACUGGAGAGAGCCCUUACAGCUGCAAAGUGUGUGGGAAUGGCUUCUCACGAAAGGGCAAUCUUAAUACUCACAUGAAGAUUCACACUGGUGAGAAGCCAUUCAUUUGUGACCAGUGUGGAAAGAGUUUUGGACGUAAAGAAACGCUUAAUUACCACAUCAGGAUUCAUUUAAGAGAGAACAGUUUAACAUGUCACGAGUGUGGAAAGAGUUUCACAGAUUGUAAUCUCCUUAAGAAGCAUGUAGUCAUUCACAUCGGGGAUAAGCCUUUCAUGUGCUAUUUCUGUGGAAAGACUUGUAAAAGCAAAUCAAACCUUGAGAAUCACAUAAAGGUUCACACAGGAGAGAAGCCUUUCACCUGCCAAGAGUGUGGAAAAGGUUUUACAGUUAAAGGAAACCUUCACAUUCACAUGAGGGUUCACACCGGAGAGAAACCAUACAAGUGUCUUCAGUGUGAGAAGAGUUUCACGUAUCCAAAAGACCUGAAACGUCAUAUGCAAAUUAAAUGUGAAAAUAAAACUGCUGUGUUCUGAAUAUAGAAAGGUUUUCAAAGUGGAACAUUUUCAGAAAUCGCCUGCACAUUCCCUCCGGAGAAUUGAAUUAGAAGUAGUGUUAAAAAAAAAAAAAUCAUACAGAUAUUCUGAGACUUUAUUUUUGUUCUUUGUGCAAAAGAGUUUUUAAAUAUUUAAUCAAUUUAAAUUGUUACCAGAAAGUAUGUAUAUGUACACAAUACAUUUUUAUUGUAAAGAGUAUUGGUUCCCAACUAGAGCACAUUUGCAUGCCUCUCUUAAUCAAACUCCUGAUUCAACUCAUUACAUUCAAAGACAUGCAAAAUGUGUUGAGUUGGGAAUGUGGUUUGGUUUAUUUUUGAUUCCGUUUAACACCUCAAAAAAAUUGUAGAUCAGGGAUGGGCAAGUUUUGUCCUGAGGCUCUUCUUCCUACAUUGCUAUAGCCUGAAACAGCUGUCCCAGACAAAAGAACAGCAAUGUGAAACAAUUGUGGUGAUUUCUGUGAUCAAGCUGAUUGUUUUGUUUUUCUAUAUUAACAUGCGUCGUAUCGUAUUGUGGUCAACAGGUGUCAUUAUCGUACAGUCUACACACAUCAUAGCCAAGUUUAUUAGAUCCAUGUCACACAGUGUAACAUGCAAUGAUCUUAUAGGAUUGCUAAAAUCGUUCAGUGUCUUGGAUUUAGCUGGAUUUUAUUGUCGAUUAUUUUCACUUGAUCUUGGAUUAUUUUGUUCUUUGAAGAUCAACCCAGAGUUGCUGUCAUAGCAAUACAUUUGUACAAUUAAUCCUGCUUAUUUCAUAUAAACAGGAUUAGAUUGCAUUCUUUUAAGCAUAAUUGAUACUUAAAAUAUGUUCCAGCCACUGCUAAUUUAUUACAAGAGUGCCCUACUGAGUAAAUAAAUAAUGUUAUUUAAUGUUGUCUAGUCAAUAAUACUAUAGACUCUAGUACUCUAGACUCUAGUAAUACUAAGAUUUAAAUAUUUAUAAGUGAUGAAACAAUUACUCUAAAAUUGUAUUGGAGUCUUACACACAUGAUAUACAGCUAAUCUGAGCCGUGCAUUAAUUUGAGUGAAGACCGCUAUUAUGGGAGUGGCUUGAUGGAGCACAGAGAUGCAGAUAACUUGAUCUUGACCCUUAAGAAACUUUAUUUCUAUCAUGUAACAAAUCAAAGAAUUGUUAAAUGGUUAGUUCACCCAAAAAUGAAAUUACCCAAUAAAUUAAUUUAAAUAAAUGACCUUGAAGUCACCCUAGGUGUAUAUUAAAAAUCCUGUAUGAAAAAUUGUCUUUGAUAUUUCAAGCUGUUAGAUGCAAUUCAGAGGGUGUUGCAUUUCAUCGGUCCAUGAGAAGUUUAAUAAGCCCCUUUCACACUGCACGUCUGACCCAGCAUAUUGCCGGAACAUUGCGGGGUCGCCUUCUGUGUUAUAUCAAAAUCCUCUGACAUUCUUUACAAAUACUAAUUAGUGACCUUUGUUUUGUAUUGAUCUGUCCGCUGCGUUUGCUUCUGAGCGGCGCAUGCACAAAGCCGACCUCAUUCCCCCGAAACUGCUUCGUUUACAACUGUGAGUGCAAGCUAGAUUAAAGUGAUUAUGUUUUGAAUAUGGAUAUUUUUCUUACAAAAAUGCAUCGAUUUGCUACAGGGGGCCUUUGUUCACCCCCCGGAGCGAGACACUUUUUUCUUAAUGGAUGAGGUUUUUAUUAAACUUCUCAUGAACCGAUGGAGUGCAACACCCGCACUCCAACUGAACUCCAACUGAAUUUGUCUGAAAGAAGAAAGUACACCUGGGAUGACUUCAGGGUGAGUUAAGGGUGCGCGAUAAAAACUGAGAAGCUGCGUAAAUCCACAUUCAUUAUCAGCGUUUAUUUGCACAUCUUCUCAGUUAACAACGGCUCUGUGUAGUAACAGCUGCUCUAUGAAAUCACACACCUGAUGGAAUUUACCGCUGAUUAGAGAACUGGCUUUACUGACAAGAUGCACAUUAAUUAUCAGACAAUACUUAUCGCGCACCCCUAGGGUGAGUAGUCUGUGGCUUAAUUUUCAUUUUUGGCAGAACUAACCCUUUAAUUAUUACUGCAUUGAAAUUAAACAAAAUAAAGCCUGUACAAAUACUAGAAAUUGUGAAUAAAAAUAAUAGGAAAUCAUGUAUAAAAAAAAAAAAAAAUUAUAUAUAUAUAUAUAUAUAUAUAUAUAUAUAUAUAUAUAUAUAUAUAAUAUAAACUGCACAUUUCAUUGUUAUUAAUGUAUUAUAACACUUAUGCACUUUUGUUCACUUGGCUGUUUCCUUAUAAAGGUCACUGUCCUGCAGAGUUUAGCUCCAGCCCUAAUCAAACACACCUGAACAAGUCUUUUUUUCUCCAUUCUGUCACUGUUGGAUUUUUGGUUCCUUGCCACUGUCGAGGCUGGCUUGACACUUUAUUUCCAGUGAUAUCGUUGACUUGAUUGCACAGAUACUAUUUAAACAACGAGUUGGAUGAUGACAUCAUUGAAUUCAAUAAUUAACUGCUUAAAUUGAGUGUUUAAUAUUGUCAUUUUGCAUUACUUAAUACUGUAAAGUUUCUACUAAAAGCACUAUAAAUAAAGGUGACCUGACUCGAUUGACUUCAAGAUCACUAGAAAGCUACAGGCAGGUGUGUUUCAUCAGGUUUGGGGCUAAACUCUGCUUGACAGUGGCCCUUCAGGACCGAAGUUGCCCAACCCUGUUUUAGAUGAAUAAAUUUCCAUUUCCUGUUAAAUUCCUCAUUGUAAAUGAAAAGUUAUGAAUAAAAGAACACUAUAUAAAAAAUAAUUGCAUUAUUUCUUUCAUUUUUAAGUUGAACAAUACCC